CUCAAAUUAAAGAAACCGUAGAAGAAGACGCAGACGGCAAAGACGCUGUCAUCUGUACCGCUGGGAGAGUCGUAUACUUGCAGAAACGAUGGUACUGAGGGAGGUACCAGCUGAGAAUAUUGCCCGUCCUCUGGGUAGGAACGAGGUCAUCGGGCUCCUCUUCCGCCUCACCAUAUUUGGCGCUGUCACCUACUUCACUAUCAAAUGGAUGGUGGACGCCAUCGACCCCACCAGGAAGCAGAAAGUGGAGGCUCAGAAACAGGCCGAGAAGCUGAUGCGUCAGAUUGGUGUUAAAAAUGUGAAGCUGUCAGAGUACGAGAUGAGCAUCGCCGCUCACCUAGUGGACCCGUUAAGCAUGCAGAUCACAUGGAGGGACAUCGCAGGUCUGGAUGAGGUGAUCACAGAGUUAAAGGAGACAGUGAUCUUACCUGUUCAGAAGAGACACCUGUUUCAGGGAUCCAGGCUGCUGCAGCCCCCCAAAGGCGUGCUGCUGUACGGACCCCCCGGAUGUGGUAAAACACUGAUUGCCAAGGCGACUGCCAAAGAGGCGGGGUUUCGUUUCAUUAACCUGCAGCCAAGCACUCUGACAGACAAAUGGUACGGAGAGUCCCAGAAACUUGCCGCUGCUGUGUUCUCAUUGGCUGUCAAACUGCAGCCCGCAGUCAUCUUCAUCGACGAGAUAGACUCGUUCCUGAGGAGUCGCUCCAGCUCGGACCACGAAGCCACCGCCAUGAUGAAGGCUCAGUUUAUGAGUCUGUGGGACGGCCUGGACACGGACCAUCACUGCCAGGUGAUCAUCAUGGGAGCCACCAAUCGUCCUCAGGACCUGGACUCUGCUAUCCUGAGGAGGAUGCCCACCAGGUUCCACAUCAACCAGCCUAGUGUGAGGCAGCGCGAGCAGAUCCUCAGACUGAUCCUGGAGAACGAGAGAGUAGACUCAUCGAUUAACCUCAGUGACAUCGCCAAGGAAACAGAUGGCUUCUCAGGAAGUGACCUCAGAGAGAUGUGUCGCGAUGCGGCACUGCUGUGUGUCCGAGACUUUGUCCACACUCAGAAUGACAGUGCUUCAGACGACUUCAUCCGCCCGAUCCAUCAGGAUGACCUCCAGAAGGCCAUCGGCAAAAUGAAGAAGUCCAAGACUGCGGGCGGGCACGGCGCCCUGCUGCACGCUGCUCUGGACUAAACGCACCUGAACGCGCACUGAUCACACGAUGACCUCAGCUCAGCCUGCAACCGCGGCUAUUUCCCGCCCCCUCAUGUGCCACUGCUUCCUGUUUGUCCUUCAGUCAGCUGACUGGCUGAUGGUGGCGGGCUUUUUUUUGUCUUUUUCUUAGAAUCAGGAAAUCCAAAAUAAAAGUUGUUUGUAAGUCAGAGAUCACGGUCACGCCUGCUCGCGGUUCGCUCCCACACCAUGUUCCACCUUUAACAGCCGCUGCUCUUCCAGGGUUUAAAAUCCGCACUUAUCCCAUGGCGUCAAAAGCUGCUGACAUCAAAUACACGGUAUCCAGCGGUGCCUUGAUGCAGCAGCUGCAGGAAUAAAGUCUGAAUACAGAGGGAAGGGGCGGCAGUGAUGUAAGUCAGAAGACAGCGGUUUGCCUCGCUGGUUUAGUUUGGGUGCUGAAACGGUGAGAAGAAGAUGGUGGGCUGAACUCAGGACUGCCACAGCGUGAACUCUGCGUGGGAACAAAUGAGGCCUUUAUGGCAGCCGGUGUGUUCAAACGUGAUUUCCUGAGAGCAAGAGCAGCCUUUCAGACCCACAGGCCCUUUUAGAGGAGCUUUUAUUGUGAAAUUCUUCCCAAACCGAUUAAAAUAAGUCAAGGAAUGAUCAGUAAGAUGAUCCAUAAAUUACACAAUAGGCUAGAAUAAACUAGAUUUUACAGGUGUGAUUUUUU